UUUGCUUUGUAUUAUGUAAGAUGCAGCAUCAAUCUAUAUGCGGUUAUUCUAAAAAUUAAAUCAGGAAACUAAAAAAAAAGUAGUGCAGAAACUUGUCAAUCUGUUAAAAAAAUUAUUCAAAUUCUUUUUAAAAGUUUGACUGUUUUAAAAAUAAAAUAAUAAUGCUGCCUACAAAAAUUUUUCGUGCUUUAUUAAAAGCUACCCCGCGAUCUGUAUAUACAACUAGGUUGUUAAGCGAGGAUUCAGCUGCUCCAACACGUAAUCGUGCAACUUGCACACUAAUUCCUGGUGACGGUGUUGGCCCAGAACUGGUGUAUGCCCUUCAAGAAGUUUUUAAGGCUGCGGAUGUACCCGUCGAUUUUGAAUCUUACUUCCUCUCAGAAGUUAAUCCCGUUCUUAGUGCGAAAUUAGAGGAUGUAACUGCUUCUAUUACAAAAAACAAAGUCUGCAUUAAGGGCAUUUUAGCAACUCCAGAUUAUAGUGUUGCAGGGGAACUUCAAACACUUAAUAUGAAGCUGCGCAAUGAGCUGGAUCUUUAUGCCAACGUUGUGCAUGUACGCAGCUUGGCCGGAGUUAAAAGUCGCCAUAAGGAUAUCGACACAGUUAUAAUUCGUGAACAGACUGAGGGUGAAUAUUCAGCUUUAGAACACGAAUCUGUGCACGGAGUGGUAGAGUGUUUAAAAAUCAUCACUCGCGAAAAAUCCAAGCGAAUUGCUAAAUUUGCGUUUGAUUAUGCCGUCAAAAAUAACCGAAAAAAGGUCACUGCUGUUCACAAAGCCAAUAUCAUGAAGUUGGGAGAUGGUUUGUUCUUACGCUCCUGUGAAGAAAUGGCUGUUUUGUAUCCCAGGAUCCAAUUCGAAAAAAUGAUUGUGGAUAAUACAACUAUGCAAUUGGUAUCCAAUCCAAACCAGUUUGAUGUUAUGGUCACGCCAAAUUUAUAUGGUAACAUUGUUGAUAAUAUUGCUUCUGGACUUGUUGGAGGUGCUGGUGUGGUAGCUGGAGCUUCUUACUCUGCCGACGCGGUCGUAUUUGAACCGGGUGCACGGCAUACGUUCGCGGAAGCUGUUGGUAAGAAUGUUGCGAACCCUACAGCCAUGUUACUUUGCGGUGCAAAGCUCCUACGUCAUAUAAAUUUACCAACAUACAGCGAUCAAAUUACAACCGCAAUCAAUAAAGUUCUGUUAGAUGGUAGAAUUAAGACCAAAGAUUUAGGAGGACAAUCAACUACUCAAGAUUAUACCCGUGCUGUUAUCGCAAAUAUUCAAUAACUUAUUGUGUUCGAAAGAAAUAAUUUUGAAAUAUAAUCAUAAUAUUAUUUAA